AAGGGCACAGCCUCAAUUUAAUAAAAACAAAGAGUGGAAUUUCAGCUUUUCUUGGUAAAUUGAAAUUUAUGAAGGAAAACAUUGGUCAGCGCGAAUUUUCACAGUUUUCAAAUUCGUCGCAGGUAGAAUGCCUUGAUGAAGAUAUUCAGACAUACGUUCAACAUUUUAUUGCCCUGCAUGAUAAUUUUAAAUUCAGAUUUGAAGAUAUUCGGUCGAUGGAAAUACCACCUUGGAUCAUAAAUCCAUUUGAUAAAACGGAAGUGGAGAAUGUGAUAUUACAAGAGGAGCUACUUGAGCUUAGCACUAAUGAGGAGCUAAAAGUGACAUUUAAAAGAGGGUAUCAAAAAUUUUGGCUGCGGGCAGAAAUACCCGAAAAAUAUCCUGGACUGUGGGGAAUUGUGCAAAAACUUCUGAUAGCGUUUCCCUCGUCAUAUCUCGUCGAAAAACGUUUUAGUUUUGUUACAAACUUAUUAACAAAAAAAAGGAGCAAAUUGAAUAUCACAAAAAGGGGAGAUUUACGGUUAUUCCUUACAAAACUCAAGUCAAAUAUUGAUAAUUUGCUGUCAAUCCAUCAAGUACAUCCC